AUGGACGGGGCGGGCGAGGAGCAGCGGCCGGAGGAGCGGGCGGCCGGAGGGCUUGGAAUGGGCUGUGAGUGCCAGGAUGAGAAGGAGAACAUGCUGCUGAAUACAGAGCACCUUGUGGUGGAUGCUGAUGCCGUUGGUGGCCACGGUGCAGGGAGUAGUGUGCUACCUGCAUUCCCAGGCACAGUCAGACAAGAAAUAGUUGAGGAUAACUUGGGAAUAGAAGACAGGAAUAGCUCUGUAAAGAAGGUGCAAGAAGAUGGGGGAUGCAGCACCCUGCAGGCAACUGGGUUGUCUUCCAAAGGCUCUGUUGUCCCUGAUGGCCAGCACGACUUUGCCUUGGCUUGUGAGCAACCAUUGGAUUUCUGCGGUGACACGAAGGUUGGAUUAGCACAGGAGCCCACAGAUCAGUCAGGGUCACAAGAGCACUCUGACAGUUACUGCCCUGCUGGGACUGAAAAGGUGGCAAAGAAGGAAAAAACUACACAAGCAUCCAGUGGAGUGGCUGGAGCUGCCUGCAGGCAGGAGGAGAUCGGCCUGGCCCCUCACCAAUCCACAGGUGCUCCAACCAGUACUGCAGCUCAGAAUUCCUACAAGGGCUCUUCAGUCCUGGAGUCUAGAGGCAGCUGUGAUGUGGCCAAGGGAAAAAAAUCCUUACCUGUCAAGAAGAAACCCCGCACCUUCUAUAGUGCAGAGCAGCUAGAAGAGUUGGAGAAGAUGUUCCAGGAAGACCACUAUCCUGACAAUGAGAAGAGGAGAGAGAUUGCAGCUGUGGUUGGUGUGACACCACGGCGUAUCCUGGUCUGGUUUCAGAAUCGCAGGGCAAAGUGGCGGAAAUUGCAGAAGUUGAGUAUAAAAGGCAACAGAAAAUACCCAAUAUCAUCAGCUCUGUCUGUCCCCUUUGGAUCAGAGGGCUAUGGGGUACCUCCUCUGCCUGUGCCUCCAUUGACUGACACUGCUGGAGACCAGCCUGGUGUGCUGGGAGGAGACCCUGGAGCUGGGAACUCCUCCAGCCUGCUCAGCACACACCCUCCAUCACCCACCUCUGCCUCAGCCUCCUCGGUGGCAGGAAUGGUGGCACCCUGUGAAGCGCAAGCUCAGAGCAAGGUGCUGCCACAGCUGCUCUUCGAUACCAGCGGUGUGGAGUGCUUUCCUAAUCUUCCCAGCCCUCCUCCCAUCCGCAGGGCCAGCCUGUCGCUCAGCCUGGCCUUCGACCCCCACAGCCACAUUGUUCCCCUGAUGCUGGACACGCCCAGCAGUGAAUGCAACUUGGCCCGUCAGGAAAAUGGCUCCGGGGAAGCCUUCUCUUACAGCGUCCAGAAUCAAGGCUUCAGUUCACCAGUUUCCUGCCCUUAUCCGGAGCAGCUGGAGCCUGCAGACAACCUGGAGGCCACCUACUGUCAGUACAGCAGCCAGGGGGGAAUCUAUCAGCUCUCCCAGUUGUGUCACCAGGGUCACCUGGCCAACAAUAUGUUCUCCAGUGACCACUUUCCUCCUCCAACACCCCCGGAGUCCCAUCCAGCUUUCCCUGAGGAAGCCAUAACCUAUGGAGCCACACAAGGCUAUGUACAAAACCACAUGGGGGGAGUCAUGCCACAGCAGCCAAGUGACAAUUCAGCAGAUAUCCCUGCCUAUCCAGCUGUGCCCUGGAGUGAUUUCUACAUGCAGGGAGCUCCUUUCUCCAAUCAGCUGCAUUCCCAAAUGCCUUUUUCUAGUGUGGCAGGAGGGCAAUACUUCACAGAGCCAUAUCUCCUUCAAGUGCCCAAUGGAACAGUACUGGAAUCCAUGCCAGAGACUGGAAGACAAAAGGGAGUGACACCACCAGAGCAAAGUUCCAACCAGAGCUACCAAACAGAGCCAGACUUGGCAGCACUCGCUGAAAAAGAGGACUUAGAGAGCAGCAGCAAGAAAGGAGAGACUAUUGUUGGUAAUCAGCUAAAUGUUUUCUUGGAGAAAGAGGAGGGGAAAGAGUUCCAAGACAGCAGUAGCUCCCCUGAAUUCUCGCCAUGGAGCAUCCGGCAGGAACUGGAUGUUGCAGCUCCUCUCCUUUUUCUUCCUCCUGUAGAACACUGGCUUAUGUCUGGCAGUGGUAUACACUACUGA